ACAUGGUUGGAAAAAAAAUAAAAGCUGUCUGGUGUGAGCGGAAGAUUCAAAAUCGCAUAAACGGAAAACGGUGAACCCAAACCAAUUGAACACGAUGAACAGGCAUGUAAAAUGUAAAACUCGAAAACUUCAUCCGAAAAGGCUUCCCAACGUCCAGAAAGACCCAGUUGGAGUAUACUUACGUGUGCGGCCUCUGAGUACGGAGGACGAGGAGUGUUGCAUAGAAGUGAUCAGCAGCACCACCGCCCAGCUACAUCCACCCGAGGGUUUCAAAGUUAACCGCAAUGGAGAGUACAAAGAGAUGCAGUACUCCUUCAAAAAGGUUUUUGGAGUUUCUGUUUCACAGAUGGAGCUUUUUGAGCAUGUGGCCAAACCUCUUGUUGAUGACCUUAUUCAUGGUAAAAAUGGUCUACUCUUUACCUAUGGAGUGACAGGAAGCGGAAAAACAUUCACCAUGACUGGUUGUCCUGGUCAGGGUGGACUUCUGCCUCGCUCUCUCGACAUGAUUUUCAACAGUAUUGGUCCCUACCAGGCCAAAAGAUAUGUUUUUAAGACGGAUGAUAAAAACUGCAUGGAUCUUCAGUGUGAAGUCGACGCUUUGUUGGAGCGGCAAAGAAGGGACAACAACAUAUCUGUUCCUAAAGCGCCUUCCACCAGACCAAGGAUAGAUCCUGAAAUUGGUGACAUGAUCAACUCAGAGGAGACCUGUAAAGCAGAAGUUGUGGAUGAGGACAGCAGCUACAGCGUCUUCAUCUCCUACAUAGAAGUUUAUAACAACUACAUCUACGAUCUCUUGGAGGAGACCCAAGAAGAUACAGUCAAGCCAAAGUGGAAUGGUGGAGGCACACCAGUACGCCAGAACACUGAGUUCAUACCACCUCAGUCUAAAGUCCUCAGAGAGGAUCAGAAUCGCACUAUGUACGUGGCCGGCUGUAUGGAGGUGGAAGUAAAAUCUGCUGAGGAAGCUUUUCAAGUGUUCUGGAGAGGUCAAAAGAAGAGGAAGGUUGCAAACACUCGACUGAACAGAGAGUCAAGCCGCUCUCACAGCGUCUUCAUUAUCAAACUGGCCCAGGUGCCUCUAGAUGCAGAUGGAGACAACAUUCUGCAGGAUAAGAACCAGGUGAGCGUUAGUCAGCUGUGCCUGGUAGACUUGGCAGGAAGUGAGCGCACCGGCAGGACGGGGGCAGAAGGAACACGGAUACGUGAAGCAGGAAACAUUAAUCAGUCUUUACUGAAUCUCCGGACCUGUAUCGAAAUUCUCAGAGAGAACCAAAUGUGUGGCACUAAUAAGAUGGUCCCCUACAGAGACUCCAAAGUAACCCACUUGUUUAAAAACUACUUUGAUGGAGAAGGAAAGGUCCGGAUGGUUGUUUGUGUGAACCCAAAGGCGGAUGACUACGAGGAAACUUUGCUAGUGAUGCGGUUUGCAGAGGUGACCCAGGAGGUGCAAGUGGCUCGUCCUGUGGACAGGCCGAUCUGUGGCUUCACACCAGGCCGUCGCUAUAGAAACCAGGCUUUCAAAGAGGAGCUGUCUCACAAGUUAGAGUGUGGAGGCCCGAGAGACAAAGAUGGGAUUUCUGCAUUAAGCAACCUGGUGCUACCCCCUCUACCAACCUCUGAGCUGAUGGACCCUCAUGAUGACAUAACCCUGCCUCGUCUCAUUGAAGCUCUGCAGAAGAGGGAGAGGAUCAGGCAUGAUAUGAUCGAGGAAUACAACAAAGCAGCCAACAUGAUGUCGAUCCUGAUACAGGAACUGGACUCUAAUCUCACGUCCAAAGACCACUUGAUUCAGGAGCAAAAUGGCAGGCUCUUGGAGAAAGACAAAGUCAUCCAGAGCAACAAGGCAGAGAUUGAACGUUUAGAGAAGAAGAACAAGAAUCAAGAACAUAAGAUGGAUUAUUUGCAGAAAACGACUAAAAUAUAUGAGGAUGACAAGCGGACCAUGAAGCAGGAGCUGGAAUCCACAGGUCAGCGUCUGCAGAGGGAACUCUCUGAGAGGAGACGCAUGGAGCAGCACAUGCAUGGCAUGGUCUCGGACACGCAGCACAAGUGGGAGAAAGAAUGUGAGAGACGUGUUAAUGCGAUGCGUCUGGAGAUGGAAAACAAGCUCUGGGUUAAAGAUGAAAAGCUGAAGCAACUCAAGGCCAUUGUGACUGAGAGUAAGACCCCUGGUCGUCCUGAUCCUCCUCCACGUCAGCCUCGGCCUCAGAUACCUUCCAGAGAGGAACGCCGCCCCGCAAAGAGAUCUAUUUCACCCCCAGUUCUUCCAAGCUUCACUGAGUGUCUUCGCGACAUUCCAGUGCCAGGGUCUCAGGCAGUCAGUGCUUUUAGAGUUGAGGAGUUUGAGAUGAACCCAAGAUCUUCAUGCCCCUCACCUAGCACCAGGAGUUCUUUGUCAGCGGCUAGCUCUAUGUGUUCUUGUGAUGAGUGCGAAGCUUCAGACAGCAGUCAGGCUUUGCAGGCCUCGAGGGCCCCCACACCACCCCAGUCUCCUGCCUCGAGGGCCCCCACACCACCCCAGUCUCCUGCCCCGAGGGCCCCCACACCACCCCAGUCUCCGGCCCCGAGGGCUCCCAGAGCCCAGCCUCCAGAAGGCCCUGCACUGAGCCAGGCUAAAAGCAGAAGAGGGUGCUGUGGUAUUCAGGAGGAUGUCCCAUCCCCCUCCCUUCAUGGUAUAGACCUAGCAGAAAGAAGCUACAGGACAACAACACCAGUGCGUCCGCUGCACCGCCGUUCCCGUUCUGCUGGUGGGGAGAAAUGGGUGGAUCACAAACCAUCAUCCAGCUUGGACUUGGGCACCGUCCUUCAGCCCGUCAUCCCCAACGCCAUCCAGGUGUCAGCUCCUAACGAGAAGGCCCUGUCCAAGUGUGACAAAUAUGUGCUGACUCACCAGGAGGUGGCCUCCGAUGGAGAGAUACAGACCAAACUCAUUAAGGGAGAUGUGAUUAAAACCAGAGGAGGAGGACAAGCUGUUCAGUUCACAGACAUCGAGACUCUCAAACAGCAGCUCACCACAAACACAAGUCGAAAAAGGAAAUCUUCUGAAGGUGCUGCAGCCAGCGGAGAUCAAAAGGAUGGCUCUUGGACUGACGUGGAGACGAGGUGCUCCGUGGCUUUGGAAAUGAAGGCCGGAUCAAAAAUGGCACCUGGAUAUGAGCAUCAUGGAAUGUCCAAGCGCAGAAAACCCUAAAAGUUGCUGCUGAUGGUAACCGUGUGAAAUCUCCAUGCCCACCUGGCUGCUGUGCAAUUGUCUGAAUGCUUUGUUUGUCUUUAAACAGUUUUUCAUGUUUUAUGCAAAAGAUUUAUUCAUAGGUCACCAAAGGUUUUGUAAAAAAAAUCGGUUUUGUGUUCUUGAUGUUGUAUGAAGUGCUUUUGUUACCCUUCAGUGUAAAAGAUGGCACAUGAAUAUGCUUGUUUAUUUUCUAAGUUUGUUUUCUUGAUAAGUUAUAUUCUUCUAGUAGUGUUUGAAAUGUCUUCACUGUAAACUCAGGAAAAAUUCCUUUAUUGGCGUCUCUGUGUGAAAGAUUAAAGUGUAAGUUUAUAACGUCAUCAUUUUUCUCCGGAAACACUAGAUGGCAGUACAGGACAUUAAUAAAUCUUCAUGUGGGACCUGA